CCAUCUGCGUAGUUAUUCUGCCGCUGUUCACGCGAACUCUACACACAGGCGCGCGCUGUCCGUUUGAAUUGUGCGGAACGGUGAAUGAGCCGCUGACCGGCUCAAGCUCUUGGUACAUUAUUUAAAAAAAAUUUUUUUUAGAUAACCUAAAAAACCUUUACCUACUAAAGACAGUCGCGUACGGACUCUGGACGUUGUAGACUUAGGUGUUUUAAAAACCCAUGUGGUUUGUCUAGUGGGCAGCGAGCUUGUGAUAAUCAGUUAGAUAGAGGAAAAUGGCCUCGAACGAGCUGUCAGAGAAGCUUCAUCGGCGGCUUAAGAUAGAGGAGGGCGAGGAGGAGCCGCAAGCCGUGGAUGGAACUCAUGAAAACGGCGCGCACGAGAAAGAGUCCACGGCCAACGCCGACUCCGAGCUGGGAGCCAAACUGCAGCGCCGUGGCGAACUGAACGAGGGAGUCGGCGAGCACCAACAGCCCAGCAUGAAAGUAUUCAACCCGUACACUGAGUUCAAGGAGUUCUCCAGGAAGCAGAUUAAGGACAUGGAGAAAAUGUUUAAACAAUAUGACUCUGAGAAGGAUAACUUCAUUGACCUGAUGGAACUGAAGCUAAUGAUGGAGAAGCUUGGUGCUCCACAGACUCACAUGGGACUCAAGAAUAUGAUCAAAGAGGUGGAUGAAGACUUGGACGGCAAAUUGAACUUCAGAGAGUUCCUCCUGAUCUUCAGGAAGGCAGCAGCAGGGGAGCUGGCUGAGGACAGCGGAUUGAGUGUCUUAGCUCGUCUCUCUGAAAUUGACGUGUCCACUGAGGGUGUUAAAGGAGCAAAGUCUUUUUUUGAAGCCAAAGUCCACGCCAUUAACGAGUCAAACCGCUUCGAGGCGGAGAUCCGUAACGAGCAGGAGGAAAAGAAACGACAGGCCGAGGAGAAGAAACAGAGACAAGCAGCAUUCAAAAAUCUUCAGUCAGCCUUCAAAUGACCAUCUUCCUGUUGUUUUACAGCCCUGCUUUAACCAUCCUCCUCUUCCUUAUCGCUCAUGUCUGUCUCCUGUUUAUCAGAGCGCCAUAGCAGAGAUACUAUGCAACACUUUCAUAGGUUUCCAUUCCAGGAUCAUUUCUGUAGUGACAGCUAAUUGUCAGUUUGACUACUUUAGAUCCUCACUAUUUCUCUCUCUUGAUUUUGAACUUGCAGGACUUGUCUUUUUACACUGGACUGGAUGUGUCACUCACCUAGUUUGUUCUCCACUGAUAACAUUUAGCACACACUUUUGCAUGUGUGUGUGCUUUUAUUAAAUCCAACUCACUGUCACAUUGUUCUUUUGUCACACACAGUAAGCAAGACACAGUUUCUGUUUGAAAGGGAAUUUUUUAUGCUUUUAGAAUUUUCGGAUUAUAUUAGUGCAUCCAGUCCAUUGUGAACCACAUUGUGUAUCACCGUAACGCGAUGUGAAAAUAAAGACUAGAUAACAGGGUUAGCACAGAAAACAUUUUGAUGUAUUUCAACCUUGCCUAAAAGAGUUCUGUUUUUUCAUACUGUGGCUUAGAAAGGAGUUUGAGAACAUGCAAGUGAUGAUGAUGUCCUGGUAGGUUGGGUUUUAAUCUCCUUCCUUUUUUGUAUGAUGACUGUGAUACCCUGACAAUCUUCCCCUUAAAUGGAUCUCUAACGUCAGCUUCUGUUGCUUUCUCACACACUGUUUUCAUUGUUGUGACCAUUAGAUGCCCUUUAAUAGUCUUUAUGCAAUUAUUAUUUUUUAUUAGAGUAUUAUUUGACUAGCCAGUUCUUUUGAAAAAUGUGACCCCCAACACCACUACACACAAUCAUAAGUACUAAUUUGUCUGAUUUGUGUUGAGGUCUUGUGUUGUUGUUUUUUUUUUAACUGAGAUGCUCAUAAGGGAGGGAUAAUAUGGAGUGCAGAGUUAAUAGAGUUAAACAUUCAUCUCCUCUUUUUAACUGCAUGCACUAACGCUUUAGACUCAGGUGCCAGUGUGUGCACGCUAUAGCAAGGGCACAGCUUUAAGUAUUUAAAAAUGUUCUUUGGAGGUAAACGAUCCUUUUUUUGACAUGUAACCUGGUGCAAGAAUGAAAAUCUAGUCGCUUACCUCUCAGCAAAGCGUUUUAGACUGUUCGAAUAUUUGCUCUGUAACGUUGUAGAAAGUAGAGUAUAUUCCUGCAUGAUGCAUAAUAUCAGACUGGCCAAUUUAUUUUUAAAAAGUUUAAUUUCACAAAUGUUUUUCUAUGGAGAUAAAAAAGGCCACGUUGUUGUAAAACUCGGGCGAGUUGCAGCACACUUCAGCAUAGCUAAAAUGAGAGAUGUAUAAAGAGUCAAAUUAUAUUUUUCGGGAAUAAAUGUAAACCGCAUUUAGUUUUGUAUGGUGAUGGGCCUUUUUAAAAAUGUUUAUUCCUUUAAAAUGUCCUUUCACUGUUCCUCACAGUUGAAGUGAUGUUCUAUGAUUAAAUGUGAGAUUUUCUGCCUUUUUAUCCCCCCUUUUUUUUUUUUUGAGACCGUGGUCUGCUAUGCAUCCCGUCAUAUAUUCAUGUUAACGACGGUAUAUUUGGAGUCACUGGAAAUCUGUGAUGAUUUGUAUUGUGAAUAAGCCAAGAAUAGAUGCAUGAAUUAUCCAUAGCUUUAUGUCUUCAAAUGUAAUUGAGUGUUCUGCAGAUUAAAUGUGGGGUUUGAAUGAAUAAUCUAAUGUGUGUGUACGUGAUGUAGAUUUUCUUUUUGUACUCGAAACACUGGAGUACCUUAAGGGCAUAAAAACCAUAUGAUGAAUAUUUCUUCUCAAGGAUCCUCCAUCAGUGUUGACCUUGUGUGUGUGCCAGAUAUACCGUUGUAUACAAUGUUGUAUAAAUGUUAUACAAUUGCACUGUACAUAAAGACAAUGUGGAAGAGUCAUCAUAGAAAUGAGUGGAAAUGGGCUUCAAAAAACAUUCUAUAAAACAUCUGGAUAAAUAGCCAUGCUGUAAAUCUUCCAAUAUGUCAGGCAUGACAUUCAAUGUGUCAGAAGGUUGAUUGUGGUUAUAUUCGACAAAUCCCUUGACUAUUACAAUCCAGCUUGUAAUAUUUCAAACUUUAUGCUGACCACUAACCAGCAUGACACUGUCUCCAAUUAGCUAACUCUUAAAGUACAUCUCUGUUUAUUUUUACCCCUCAUUUACUUCAGUGUUUCCAUUGCAAAAGCAUUUAUUAUUAAGUUCGUGACUGGUGUUUUCGAACUCCACCUUCUCAGCAGGCAGCCGGAUCACUGGACUGUUCACUGGAUGUUUCAAAUUUUUGUGAUUCCACUGUAAAGACGUGCCAAAUGUUAUAGAUUCUGUUUGUUUAGCAUAUUUUCAUUAACUGUCCCCUCAGUUCAGUAAGUACUGUUGAAAGAUGUUGAAUGAGUAGUGAAUAUGGUGCAAUGAUUUUCAGUUACAGGAGUGUAAGUGGAAAUAAAAGACCCGUUACACUUAAUGUGUUGCCCAAGGCUUGAUUUUAGAUUAAUCUGAUGUUCCUGAUCCAAUCUUGGACUCCAGUCAGCUCAGAUUUUAGUCUUUUUUGUUCCAGUUCUGAAGCAGGUGAACAUGGACUUCCUGUAGUGCACAAGAACUGGAUUGAAAAUCUCUAGCCUCAGAUACAGAACACAAUCUCUGAAUCCUCUUGAAUGAUGAUUUGUUUGUAACUCUCAAAACAAUCCCUCUGAUUCUUUGUAAAGAAACAGACACUUUCAUUGCUUUACUGGCCAGAACUGUAAUGCAAAAUAAAACCCAUUGAAUGUUUGUCUCUUUUUCAAUCAUGCAAAACAAAUCCAUGAAACAUUUUAGAAUAAUUCUUCACAGUUUCACACAACGUUUUCACACAACCAUCAGUUACAUUCCAAAAGGUUUGAAAAGGGUUCCAGUGCCCUUGCACCAUCUUUAGCUGUGUAUCUUUCUGUCACUGUCUUAAUCACUUGGGGGUUUUGGUUUCAUCAUUGUGGAAUCUUAUACUUAUUAUGUGGCUGAUGGAUGUAGUUGUUUUUUGUACAUUUCUUAUGGCAAUAAAAGAUUUACAUUUUAUUCUUUCA